AUGGGUCUUAUCAAAACUGGUCUCACAUUGGCGGGUAGCUAUGGUCUUAUCAAAGCCGCAUCCAAGGGCAUUAGGGCUGCAAAUAGUCAUGAAGAGAAAAAGCAAAAACGUGGCAACCACCCACAAUAUCCUCAGAGCUUUGAUCAGGGCAUGCCCUCCUACGGCCCCAACCCAAAUAGGCCUCCUAAUGGCUAUUACCAAAGUCAUCAACCGUACCAACCACAUGAAAUGCCUGCCAAUGGGUACUAUCAAAAUCAUCAGAGUCAACCUUAUGAAAUGCCUGCCAAUUAUUUUACCCCGGGAAAUCAACCUCAGCACAACUCUACGCGACACGAGAUGCCGGCCAAUGAAUACAUCCCCAACGGAAAUUCAAAUCACCAUCGUGGACAUGACAGUAGUCAUCCGUAUCAAGCGCCUAAGGAACUUCAGCCACCAGCAAGCCCCGUGUCUAGCAUGGGAACCAUACCGCCGCGGUAUCAAUCGGGGCACAAUACGCCGCGACAGGAUAGUCCAGUUUCGUCACAACAUUGA